AUGGUUAUCAAAGAGGAUUGCAUAAAUAAUCUUGCCAGGUGGCAGGCAGACGAAGAAUCCCAAUGCUGUUUUCAAUGUAAGACGAACUUUUCGUUCUUGAUAAGAAGACACCAUUGUAGGUGCUGCGGGAGGAUAUUUUGCUCUUCCUGUACUGAGAACUUUGUAAACUAUAAUCAAAAGAAAGUCCAUGCCCUGCAGAAAAAAAAUAGCGAUUUGGAAUCACCGCCAUACAGAACUUGUAACGAGUGCUAUGACAAUCUCCUGCAUUUAAAUUUACUAGUAUCCUCUGCCAAUAGAGAUCCAAGACUAUUGCAAACCACGGCGCCAUCAAGUACAGAUUUACCCGCUGCCCUGGGGGAUAACAGUGAUGAAGAUACGGAAACCCUGGAAGACACGGUAGAUCAAGGUGAGACAGGAACGGGAUGCGGAAACGGUGAAAAUCCACAAAACGAAGAAGAACGAUUUUGCCCUAUUUGUAAUACAGAUCUUGUGCAGUUUGCUGAUGAAGAAGAAACUAGAAAACACGUAGAGGAUUGCAUACUGAGAGCUGAAAAUGCCCAGCAACAUACAACUACAUCAGAAGAAGCGGCAAAUGACUCCGCAAAAGAAAGCCCUGCUUCUCAAAAUAGAAUGUUAGUGUAUAAGAUACCCCCCAUUACCAGUGGUGACGAAAACGGUUCUGUAAUCAAAGAAUGCCCGAUCUGCUUCGAAGAUAUGGAACCUGGCGAAAAAGUUGGAAGACUAGAGUGCUUAUGUGUUUUCCAUUAUAAAUGCAUCAAAGACUGGUUUCAUAAGAAAGCGCAAAUGAAUGCAGCCCAGAGAGGAAAUGGAAAAUCUUUCGUUAAGCGGAACUUUUGUCCAUUCCAUGACGCUGUAUUUUAA